AUGAUGACGUGCCGUCUGCUGUGCGCCCUGUUGGUGCUCGCCCUGUGCUGCUGCCCUUCGGCGCGAGCGACAGCAGGCAAGGUUAAAACUGAAGAAGAAGUUAACGUACAGGUUACUGUUUCAGAAGUGCUAAAUAAGGUCGGUGGGGAACAUAAUUCAGAUACCGAUGUUGAUGCAUUACAGACAGGAAAAGCAGCGUCCGGUGCGGGACAGAAUGAUAAUGGGACGCCUUCCAGUAACUCAGAACCACUAGUUCCGAUAAUUGAUACGAUGAAGUCAGAAAGUCCGAAGGAUGUUCAGGAGCAGGCAAUUGAUGGAGUCACUGAGACGGCAAAAGAAGGAAAAGAGAAACCCCUUAAUCCAGAAGUAACAGAUACAUCCGAUGCGCAGCAGUCAACAAGUUUGACUGCUGUAAGGAAGGUAUCAGAGAGCGAGACCACUGCCGCAAAUACGACGACCACUACAACCACUACAACGACCACCACCACUUCGCCAGAGGCACCAACUACAACCACGACGACCCACACACCGUUACGUCUUCGCGAAAUCGACGGCAGCCUCAGCAGCUCUGCGUGGGUGUGUGCCCCGCUGCUGCUCGCCGCAUCGGCGCUGGCGUACACCGCUGUGGGCUAA